AUGCCUACAAUCUCGAUAAAAGUCAUCUCAGAUCCCGUCUGUCCAUGGUGCUUCAUCGGCGCCCUCCGCCUCUCCCGCGCCAUAACCCUCUAUCUCAAAACCGUCUGCUCUAGUGACACAAUUCUCACAAAGUGGCACGCCUACCAACUCGACGCUGACGCACCCACUCAACCUCUCGUGUCCAAGAUAGCAUCCAAAUGGGGCAUUGAUCAAGUCCCCGCUGUUAAGACUCGUCUCAACAGCAUUGGGAAGAGAGAAGGUCUUGAAUUCAACUUUGACUCGACAAUUGGGAAUACGAGAGAUGCGCAUCGGCUGGAGAAGUUGGGGAGGAAGGUUGGGUUGGAGAUGGAGGUUGCAAUGGAGAUUAUGAGGAUGUACUUCCUACAAGGAGGGAAUAUAACGAGCAAGGGGGGUUUGAUUGGCGCCGCCGAGAGGGCCGGUAUUGAUAAGGAUGAGGCAAGGGAAUGGCUGGAGAGUGACGAAGGGGGUGAAGAAGUUGACGCCGAGGUUGCCGAGAUGCAGAGACUGGGUGUCAAAGGUGUACCGCGAUAUAUCAUCAAUGACAAGUUCAUGAUACAUGGAGCAGAGGAUGUGGGGGAUAUUCUGGAAAAGCUGGUUAUGGCACGAGAAGUCGCUCUUGCCGCAGACGUGUAG